AUGGCUGACCCAAGGGCCACCGAGGCUUUUGACGGCACCAAGUCGACUAAGGGCGCCUCCAAGAUGCGUCGGGACAUGAUCAAGCAGGUCUGUCAGCUGAGGGACCUCCUGCCCUCCUCCACCCGUCAACUGUUCAAGCAGCAGAACAGACCUCAGCCUCACCCCAACAUCGGUUUCUCCAAGGCUAUGAACGGCUUCAUCAUGAUGCUGACCCAGGGAGGGAAGCUGCUGUACAUCUCAGACAACGCUGCCGAGUACCUGGGCCACUCUAUGGAGGACCUCCUCAUACACGGGGACAGUGUGUACGACAUUAUAGACAAGCAGGACCACGCGGCGGUACAGGCGGAGCUCGUCAGGACAGGUCACACGUCCCAACACCACCAUGACGAUGACCGACUCUUCCUCUGUCGCAUGAACGUGUCCAGGAACGCCCGAAGACAGAUGAGGUUCGGCGACCAGAAGGUGAGAACGUUUGUUUAUGAUUACCUGUCGUACCUGCCGCUGUGCUCCAGGAACGAGCCUUUCCUCGCCCACUGUACGCCCGUCGCCAUGCCAGAGACCCGAGAGAGCGUCGUGCAGGGCGCCACCAACGUCUUCACCUCCGUCCACACCCUCGACAUGAAGUUCAUCAACCUCGACAGAAACGGUGAGUUCUACCUAGGGUACAGCCGGUCGUCGCUGGCAGGAGUGUCGUGGUACCACCUCCUACACCCUGAGAACAUGAGGGAAGCGCAGACCAAACACCGCCUCAUCACGACGAGUGAGCAGGACAGGUCGUGUAUCCUGCUGGUGAGGCUACAGGCUGCAGGAGGCACGUGGCGUUGGGUCCACUGUGUCCUGCAGGUGAAGGACGCCACCGACUCUAGCCAGCAGGGGGCGCAGCACACCUCCACCACCACCACCACCACUACCAGCAGCAGUAACAACAGUAGCAGCAGCAGUAGCAACACCAGCAGCAGCACACAACAGCAGCAGCAGCCAGUGAUCGUGGCCACUAACCAGGUGUUGGGAGAGAAGGAGGCAGCCGUCUUACGGGCCAACUCCUGGCUCUACCACUACUACACCAUGCAGUCCAAACUACAGUAUGGCCUCGCUUAUGAUGCCCAUGCCCAGCGUGUGCACGCCUACUACCCCCAGGUCAUGACCUACCAGACUGACCCGGCGACCUCCUACAUGGCGCCCACAGGCCUUAAUGGUGCCCACGGCCACAGUCACACCCCCAGUACCCACACCCCGUACUCCCUGGCCACGCCCUCAGCCUACGCCCACCUGCAGCACUACCACCACCACUACUCGGUGCGUCUCCAACACGGUCUCGACUACUCCCGUGACCCCGCCUGGGGUUACUACGACACCGCCCACGCCUCCACGGACACCCACACGCCCCUCCAUAACCACGCCACCACCCACACGCCCAGGUCCAGUAAAAAGUCUUCCUCUCCCAAUUCUUCGCCGCGUAGGUCGCCGCUGACGCCGCUGUCAGCACACGGAGUGUGUGAGAGCGGCGGCGGAGUGGCAGUAGCGACGCCCGUGGCGGUGCGGGCGGCACCGGCAGUACACAAGGGCGCGGCGUCCCCGGAGCUGGAGCAACACUUGGAGGCGCCGUGGAAGGCGUCGCCUACACAGGAGGUGCCCGACUACCCCGAGUACUCCACCUACAUCACCCCGCCCUACUCCGCCGCCACGCCCACCAAGCUUAACGUCUUCACCUUUGACCCCAUAGACCCGCGGGAGGUGAACGUUGGGCGGGACCAGCGGGUGCCUUCACUUGAGGCUGGGGAGCUGCCCUCUUGGACCACAGACGCCCCUACCAAGAUCAGCGCCUGGCUACCCACACUGGACGACACCACAGUGCCGCUCAGGCCGCUACACCCGGCGGCCCUCUGAGCCCCGCCCCGCCCCAUGUGGCACUAACCCGUGAUCCAGCAGCCGCUCCUCCACCUCACACCUCCUACACUACAGUCUGGACACAAGACGCGUGAUGCCUCGAGUGUUGGCUCAGGAGUACACUGGUCCCACAGGUUAAGUUUGUCAACACCUUUAUUCUCUCACUUCACCUUGGUCACCGGAGUUGUCUACAAGGUCUGUUAUCAAGUGUAGAGAAGCUCCGGCUGUCACGAGAUGAUCCCUGUCUAGACCGAGCUCUACACACGGCCCAUCAUCUACUGUCCGUCACACUGUCCCCGGCGUCUCAUCUAACUGUCAUAACGAAUUUAACGAUGGUUGACCGGACUAAUAACCCGGAUGUAACUUUGUGUAAAUACUGUGUAGCUUCUGCUGUGUGUGUCUUUGUGUCUGUGUACCUGUACUGUACGUCUUUGUGUCUGUGUGUCUGUGUACCUGUGUGUCUGUGUACCUGUACUGUGUGCCUGUAACCUUUGCGUAACCUCAUUAAGUGAUCCUAUCAUAGUGUAAGUGUUUACUGGUUAAAGUUGUGUGUGUGUGUGUGUGUGUGUGUGUGUGUGUGUGUACAAAAAUGUGUAUGUGAAGCCCGCCACCACACUAAGGGUAACAGCCUGUGUGUACCACCAGCUAACAGAUCAUGUGCGUCGCAGGGUUUACAUGUGUACCAUAUAUUAAUGUGUAUAUAUUGAGUUUAUAACGAGUACCAGUGACGUCAUAUAUAAGACUCGUGGUGCGGACGAGUCUUAUUAUUGUACUGUAACUCUUGUUGAUCCCGGUGCUGCCAGAUACACGAUAAUGAUAAACCUCGCUACUUCACCACAACCAAUCAAUCAUAAACUGUCGUCACACUAAAAAAAAAAAACUUUCUUUUAUAAAUUUCAAAACUUCUAACAACACUCAUACCAAAAAAAAAAAAAAUAACAUAUAAAACAAAUAACAAUACGAGUCAACCGAAAAAAAACUAAAACCAAACGAUAAGAAUUCCAAUACCGAUGAUAGUUACUUCAAAAACCAUAACAGAGAGAGUUGCCACUACACACCAUCUGACACAGGACGUGGAGAAGCAGGCGUUGGUUACAAUCUUCUGGCCGGUGUAUAGUAAAUAAGAACUGUGUAUAUAUAUAAUAAUAAUAAUAAACAAUAAACCAUUUUCUACGGUUCUUCCAAGAUGAAAAUUUUAUAUAAGAGUUUUUUUUUAUUAUAGAUAGAUAUGAUCUAGUGAUGAGGGCACUUAGUGUCGACUGUCGUGCAAUCUAGUUAUACACAUAGAGAUUAGUUAACAAAUGUCUGAGUAAUACAAAUAGAGUUUAUAUCUAUA